UGGGGCGGCGGCUCCCGGAGCCGCUGGCUGCCGCCGAGCCCGACGCGCGGGGAGGGAGCCGGGCCGGACGGGCACAUGCAGGGAGCGCGGAGGCGGCAGUUCCCGCCGGCGGCCCCGGGCUCCCAGCAGCCGGGCGGGUCCUUCUACCAGGGCAGGCAUGGGUCAGCCAAGAAUGAAGAUACGUUUAAGACUUCUCAGUUUCAUUUUGACCUGUGGUUCUACUUCACUCUACAGAACUGGGUGUUGGACUUUGGCCGUCCAAUAGCUAUGAUUAUUCUACCUUUAGAGUGGUUUCCAUUAAACAAACCUAGUGCAGGAGAUUAUUUCCAUAUGGCUUACAAUGUUAUCACACCAUUUCUUCUUUUAAAGCUCAUUGAAAGGUCCCCCAAGACUCUGCCCAGAUCAGUGGUCUACAUCAGCAUCAUCGUGUUCGUCAUGGGAGCGAGCAUCCAUUUGGUGGGCGACUCCGUCAACCACCGUUUGAUUUUCAGCGGGUACCAGCACCAUCUGUCCGUAAGAGAGAACCCAAUCAUCAAAAACCUCAAGCCGGAGACGCUGAUUGAUUCUUUUGAGCUGCUGUACUACUACGAUGAAUACUUAGGGCAUUCAAUGUGGUAUAUUCCUUUCUUUCUCAUACUCUUUAUAUAUUUUACCGGCUGCUUCACGCCCAUUAAAGAAGAGAGCAGAAUGCCCUUAGCCGCCUUGCUCCUGGUGGGGCCAAGCAGCCUUUAUUACUGGUACCUUGUGACAGAAGGUCAGAUUUUCAUGCUCUACAUUUUUACGUUCUUUGCCAUGAUGGCUUUAGUCAUGCACCAGAAGCGGAAAGGACUGGUCUUGGACAGCAAUGGACUCUUCCUCUUCUACUCUUUCAUUAUUACCUUGGUCUUAAUUGGCGCUUGGGUGGUUUGGCUGUGGAAUGACAAAAUCCUCAGGAAGAAGUAUCCUGGCGUCAUUUACAUUCCAGAGCCCUGGGCCUUUUAUACCUUACACCUGAGCAAUCUCCAUUCGGCAAAGGAAGGUUUUUAAGUGGCGAUAUCUUUGGAGUGGUUUGCAAACAGAUCUCUCGCUUUUCCUAAUGUGGGUGUGUUUCAAAUCAGUUACUGACCAUGGUAGCUGGACCGCGUGCUGUACGCUAACCCGACCCGGGGGCAGAGGUUUGUUUGAAUCGGAGGGGAGGUGUUAAGUCUGCUGUGAAAUACUUGCACUAGUGCGUUGUAAGUUACUUUCCCAAGCUGCCGUUUGCCGUGUUCUAGUUUGCAUUGAGUGCAGGUACAGAACUGACCUUGGAGGGAACGCUGACAGAUGCCAGUCGGUACCCGAACGGAAUGCAGAAUGGCCUAGUCCUGGUGUACCGCAAAACCUCGUCCUAAUGUAGCACACGAUGGGGCAUUUCCCCUGUCUUUGGGAAAGGGCCAGCCUUUCCUUUCUGAGCCGAACGGGGGACCUGCUCUCAUUCCUGGGCCUCUGGAAACAUGCCAUGCAAUGACAUCAGAGCAGCGGGUCUCUGUGGGGCGUCAGGGCUGGCGUCAGACUUGCUGGGGUCUGGGGCCAAAGCCCGAGCCCAAGAGCUUCAGCCCUGGGUGGCAGGGGCUCAGGUUACAGGCCCCCUUCAGC